AUGACUAUUACCCUGAGCCUCAUCUUUACUUUCACCUUGACCCUGAUCCUAACUUUCACCAGGACCCGGAACUUCUUUCAGAUGUUUGUCCUCACUCUUGACAUGACCCAUACAUGGAAUCUCACCCUGACUCUGACAGUGACCUUGAUCCUCAACCUGACCCUCACCCUGACCAUCACCUUGACAGUGAUCCUUAAAUCUACACUCACUGUCACUUGGCCCUAUAUCAGACCUUCUCUUCUCCCUCAUCCUAACACUAAUCCCUUCCCUGACCAUGACCCUCAAGUCAGGGGACCAUCAACCUUCUCGGGCUGUUUGCAGGCAUUUGCUGCCAUCGGAGAUUACAAUGAACAUAUCAGUCUGGAUGUUAACUGCUCUAAGGAGGUAGCCACUGCCAUCCAUGGGGCCAUCAUCCUGGCCAUGUUUUCUGUUGUCCCCGUGUGGCGAGGCUCCUGGGGGAACAAGACUGGCAAGCCCCACACUGUCCCAUGCAAGGUGACCGGCCGCUGUGGCUCUGUGCUAGUUCCCCUCAUCCUCAUCCCCAGAGGCCCUGGCAUUACCUCAGCCCCUAUGCCCAAGAAGCUGAUGCUGAUGGCUGGCAUUGAAGACUGCUACACCUCAGCCAGGAGCUGCAUUGCCACGCUGGGCAACUUCACCGUGGUCACUUUUGGUGCCAUUCCCAAGACCUACAUCUAUCUCCCUCCCACCUCUGGAAAGAGACUGAGUUCAACAAGUCUCUCUAUCAGGAAUCCACCGACCGUCUUGUAA